AUGGCAAAUCUCUCACUGAUAUGUUGGUUCCAUCCGGGAAUGAAGCUGCCGGCCUGCUUGGCUUCGGUCAACAUGAAGGACUAUCCGUUCACAAUAGUCAGUGAGCUUCUUGUCAUGGAGUUGAUGGAGAAGGUGGAGGCCUUUGUGGAAGAGGUCUGUGAAAAGUCGGACGAACCCGUCCAGUUCCAGAUUCAGGUGCUUUGGAAUACAAAGGAUAAUAAGAAGGCCUUGAAUCCUGGAGACAAAGUGGGAGCACAUUUCGUGGAUGGGGACACCUUCGGCAUUCAUGGAGACAUAGUCGCGGCACCAAAGAGUUUCCCAAAGAUACCCGACGAGAAGAAACUGCCAGUCACCAUCCUGACCGGCUUCCUCGGAGCCGGCAAGACAACCCUCUUGAACUACCUCCUGCAGGCUAGUCAGUCGUGCUGUGUAGCCAUGGCAACUCUGGUGCGGUCGGCAUCUCGAUUAUGUGCCGUGCUCGGUGUACUUACCCUGGCCUCCGGUGAUGAGUGUGAGGCCGGUGAUGAAGUCAAGCUUAUGCAGCUCAAUCAAAACCUUACCCGCGGGGACGAAUGUCGGGGAUUUAAAGAAUGUCCGCCAUGGCCGCUACCGUAUAAGAUUGGCGAGUAUCCGAAAAACUACCCCUGGGCGCCAAUUCCAGAGUUUCCAGAGGGAUUUGCCUGGGGACUCGGGACGGCAGCCUAUCAGAUUGAGGGAGCCUACAACGAAGAUGGCCGUGGAGCCUCGAUUUGGGACACGUUCACGGGGGCCAACACCGUGGGGAUGCCGGGUGCUGUGUGCAAGAAGGCUCCAUGCCCCGUGAACUCAGUAAUAGCUGUGAAAGGUGCCACGGGCAAUGUUGCCAACAACCACUAUCACAUGUACAAGAAUGACGUGCAAGCCAUGAAGUCCAUGGGCUUGAAGUGGUAUCGUUUCUCAAUUGCAUGGCCUCGCAUUGUCCCCACAGGCACUUUUGCUGAUGGCAUAAACCAGGCAGGUGUUGAUUUCUACCACAGCUUGCUCGACGAGCUAAUCGCUGCGGGUGUAACCCCCAUCAUUACAAUGUAUCACUGGGAUCUGCCGCAAGGACUGAUGGACUUUGAUUUCGAUUCACCACAGAAACCUUGCAACGGUGGGAAAGAGGGCUGGUACGAGUGCAGCAUGGAAAGCGACGGCAAGCCAAAGCCUAGCGGCCUCAAGUCCAACAUUGUGAAAGAGUUCACCAACUAUGCGGAGUUUCUCUUGAAGGAGUACGGGUCCAAGGUCAAACUCUGGGCAACCUUCAACGAAGCGUACACCUUCACUUAUUUGGCCAGUGGAUACGGCAAAGCACCGUCGGCGCAGCCGUACAUGGACAUGGACAUCUGGCCGUAUGUGGCAGGCCACAAUGUGAUCCUUGGCCACCUGAGUGUGGUCAUGAAGUUCAGGGAGUUUCAGGCCUCGGGGGUUCUCACGAAGGAACAUCGGAUCUUCAUCACCAACAACCAGGACUGGCGGGAGCCCCUCACGGACAAGAAGGAGGACAUUGCUGCCGCCAUGUACGAGGUGGAGCGGCAGCUUGCUUGGUUCUGCGAUCCGAUCUACGGUGUUGAUGGUGUUUUCGACUACCCUUACUCCAUGCGUUCGACUUUUCCAUACAUGCCAUCUUUCACGGAUGAAGAGAAGCAGCUUCUAAAGCAGCAUCGUCCAGACUUCUUUGGCUUGAACCAUUAUGGAACAGGCUACGCCAAGUUCGAGGAUGGCAAGAACGUUAUAGUGAAUGGCGAUCUUGCGCAAGGAAAAUCUUCCUGGCUUUAUAGGGCAGCCUGGGGCUAUCGGAAGCUGUUGAAUUGGAUCAAGAAUCGUUACGGCUCGGACCUGGAGAUUUGGGGAACUGAAUCUGGUUGGAGCGAUGGCUUCGAGACACCGCUCGAAUCCAAGCAAGACUGGGGCCGUUUGACAUAUUAUUACACCUAUAUCUUGGAGAUGCACAAUGCCAUCCGCGAGGAUGGAGUGAACAUGAAGGGUUUCAUGGCUUGGUCGCUCAUGGACAACUUUGAAUGGGAGAUGGGCUAUUCAGAACGCUUUGGCUGCUUGUGGGUCGACCUUCAGUUCGGUGAAGAUCCGAAUGCCCCCACAGCAGCGAGCCCGAUCUACAACGCCUACUCUGGCAAGCUCGAUGGAGUGUGCACCGACUGCGAUGCUCCUAAAGUCAAGCCAGGCGCAGCGAAUGCUCAGAAACAAACUCGCCACAUCAAGAACUCUGUUCUUUUGCUCAUGUCCUUGUGGAAGAACAACGCACUGCCCAGUUUUGAAGAGUUUUUUGCAGCGGCAACUGAGCAGCGAGAGAAGAAGAUUGCAGUGAUCGAAAAUGAGUUCGGAGAAAUCUCCAUCGACGACGCACUGUUGAAGAAGGAUAAGAUUGCUUUCGCCGAGAAGGUUGUAGUUAUGGACAAUGGUUGCGUGUGCUGCACCAUUCGUGGUGAUCUCAUCGACGGUUUCAGGCAGAUUCUCGACGAGCUUGAGAAGGGCCACCAUCUUGAUCAGAUUGUGCUUGAGACCACAGGCAUGGCUGAUCCAGUUCCGAUUGUCCGAACGUUCAUGACUUCAGAGGAAAUCAACGCUCGCUUGCGACUGGAUGGAGUCAUCACGGUUGCAGAUGCGAAGAAUAUCUUGAAAAGGUUAGAUGACGAGGUUGAGGAGGGUCGCGUCAACGAAGCUUACCAGCAGGUGGCCUUCUGCGACAAGAUUCUUUUGAACAAGCUCGACCUUGUGUCCUCAGAAGAGGCCAUCAGCACGAAGGCUUUGUGGGCCGAGGUGUCCAGUCUUCGAUCCGAGGUGCUGCGCUUGCAAGCUCGAGUUGCCGAGCUUGAGGACCUGAACCAGGGGUUUUCUUUGGUGGACAGCUCGGAGGCUGCUGGGGUGUCGGGCUCUAUUGCUUCAGCACGGGGUCCUUCGGGUUCGGCGGCUUUGCCUUCGACCUCUGCCUUGGCACCACCUUCGGACCGGGACAGGGUCGGGAUUUGCAAGCGAGUGGGCGAAUUCUUGAGGCGAGCCCUGGACGGAGGGCACCGUGGUGUUUCCGGACGCGAUUCUUUGGAGCUGGCUUCAAGGCAUUGGGUGGUUAUCCGUGAUUUUCAGGGGCGGGUUCAUUCGCCUCCUUUGGUCUUUUCGCGCUUCUCUGACUGCAAAGCAUUGGUGAAGCGAGGGCAAGACGUUGGAGAUUCGGUUUUCAUCGGCCUUCCGAGCAAGGGAGAUAUCAAGGGUGAGGAGGACGGGGUCGACGGCAGGACCCUGUACCUCUACGACGGGGAGACUGCCGACUGUGAGUUUGAAGUGGGCGUGCUUAGGGUCCUCGUUGCCGAGGGCUCUCCCGAGGUCUUGGUUGAGGUGAUCUUGAUUUGCGAGCUGGAGGGCCGUUCUCUUGUGGCUGUUCCGCAGGGGGGCUGGCAUAGGCGGGCUGCUAACCGUAGUUUGCCUCCUGGCUCCCUGAGCAAGCCGGUCGCUGUGGAGGUGGCCGGUGCUGCUCGGGACGACAGACAGACUUUGCUGGUCAAUCAGCGUCUCAAGAUAUGGCUUGGCUUCCUUCGAGAUUCCUUGGUGGAGGCUCUGGUCUUCGAGCACGACGGCGAGGUGGAUGUGGCCUUCGCUACGGUGGGCGGAGAGUCUGGGUUUGUGCCCCAUGCCGAGGCCCUGAUGGAGGUGGCGAAAGACAAGUUCCAGUUUGCCACGGCCACCGAGGGCGAAGCGCCACCUAUCCCUGCUGCCCAACCUCAAGCGGCGGAAGCUGCUAUGGAAGCACGGCUCGCAAAGCUGGAGCAAUCGAUUGCUACGAUGGCUUCGUCGAUGCAAGCUCUCACCUUGGAUCGUGUGGAGAAGGCAAAGCCUCCACCUCCGCCUCGGCCUCCCCAGGCGGUGGAAAGCCUCCCGGGCUUGGAUCCCGGGGUUGUGAAAUCUGCUCUGACGGCGGGCAUCGACAUGGAUUCCUUGAAGCAGUUUUCCCAGCUGUUGGCCGGCAACCCUGCGCGGCGCCUAAAAGACCCAGGGGCUGGUGUGGUUCCGAAGAAGGCGGCCCUGGACGAGUCGGAGAACGAGGGCCCGCCCGACGACCCGGAGGAGGCGGUUCCCGAGGCCGAGCUGCGAACGGCUCUCUCCCGAGAUCCCAUGAGCGACGCCCUGGUGAAGCUCACCACCCUUGUGGAGGACCUGCAGACCCAGAAGACAAAGCGAGGUUCUCGUCUGGAGCAAGCCUUGGAAG